AUGCACUUCCAGUCGCGUGUAUCCACAACUAACGUCCACGAACUUCUCUUCGCCGACGACUGGUCUCUCAACGUCACCUCUGAAGGGGACAUGCAAAGGAGCGUGGAUCUCUUCGUCGCCGCCUGUGACAACCUCGGCCUGGUCAUCAACACGGCAAAGAUGGUAGUUAUGCAUCAGCCGCCACUCGACGCUCUCUACGUCGUACCCAAAAUCAACGGGAAUGACUCCCCACUGCAAGCCGUGGACGACUUCACCUAUCUGGGCAGCACCCUCACUCGCAACACCAAAAUCGACGAUGAAGUGGCCCACCCAAACUUUCACCGGACGUUUAGGGCAUCAAUCGGCCUUAUUGAACAUCUUCCAGCCAACUGUAGCACCAGAACGACAUCAUCCAAUAUCCCCCCUCUACCUCUGUCUCGUCCCCCACGCCGACAGUCAACACUGACCGCACUCCUCAACCCCCACUGCCAUUCUCCUCCACCGCCUCAAAAUCCGUUGCGAAGGCUACUGCACCCGCCGCCACUGCACUCAAUCCUAACACACUGA